AUGGAUAACGUCGUGAGCUUGGUCAGCCGUCUGCAGGCGGCAUGCACGGUGCUGGGGGACACGGUGGGCGACGACGGCCCCCGGCAGCUGCCGUCGCUGUGGGAGCGCCUGCCGAGCAUCGUCGUGAUUGGCGGGCAGAGCUCGGGAAAGAGCUCGGUGCUGGAGGCCGUGGUGGGCAAGGACUUCCUGCCGCGGGGCACGGGCAUCGUCACCCGACGGCCGCUGGUGCUCCAGCUGGUGCACCUGGAGGACAAGGACGCCCAGGAGUUCGGCGAAUUCCCCCACUACAAAGGGAAGAAAUACUACGACUUCGGUAAAAUCCGUCAGGAGAUUGAGGACGAGACAGACCGAGCACUGGGGAACAAGGCAGUGAAGGCGGUCUCGCCAGAGCCCAUCCACCUGACCGUCUCAUCUCCAAACGUGCCCAACCUGACGCUUGUGGAUAUGCCAGGCUUGACAAAGGUACCCAUCGAUGGGCAGCCUGCCACCAUCGUGCAAGACAUAGAAGACAUGGUGAGGAAGUACGUCACUGUGGAGAGCGCUGUCAUUCUGGCAGUGACGCCUGCAAAUGCAGACCUGGCCACUUCUGAUGCACUGAGGCUGGCCAGGGAUGUGGAUCCUAGUGGCGACCGCACGAUCGGUGUUCUCACCAAGAUUGACAUCAUGGAUAGAGGAACAUCUGUUCGUGAUAUCUUAGAGGGCGACACCUUGCGGCUGAAACAUGGCUGGGUUGGCGUUGUGAACAGGGGUCAAGCAGACAUUAACUCCAAGAUGACCAUGCAGGACGCUCGAAAGAAAGAGAAGGAAUUCUUUGAUGGCGCCAGCAAUUACAGGCAUCUGGAGAAUGUGGGCACUGGGUUUCUGGCAGAUAAGCUGAGCAAGCACUUGCUGCAAGAAAUCAAGAAGGCCUUGCCGUCGAUCAUGGCGUCCAUCAAGCAAGACAUUAUUUCCUUGGAACGUGAAUGCGAAGCUCUUGGGCCGGCAGUGAUGGAUUCUCGGGGAAAGAUGUUGCACUUCAUUUUGAAGAGAGUUGGGGACUUCGAGUGUGCUUUCAAGGACCUGGUGGACAAGGGCAAAGGGGGUGGCGAACGCAUUCUGGAGGUGUUUGAGAGGAAGCUGCACAGCGACCUGCAUGCCCUGCCCUUCAACGACAUCUUGGCUGUGGACAACGUGCGGCGGAUCAUUUCAGAGGCCGAUGGCCUCAGGCCACAUCUGAUCGCCCCUGAAGCUGGGUACCGACGCCUGCUGGAGGCUGGAUUGCUGCUGAUGCGCGAUCCGGCCCAGGGCGCUGUGGAAGAGGUCCACAGGAUCCUCCUGUCCGUUAUCGACAAGGCCUUGAUGAGCGAGAAGUGCGCCGGGCUGACCAAGUAUUCAAUGCUCGUGGCAGAGAUCCAGAACUGUGCCAUAGUCAGGCUCGAGGCUUUGAAGGAAGGCGCCCAUACGAUGGUAAAGACUCUGGUUGAGAUGGAGUCGUCGUAUCUGUCCGCCAACAUUUUCCGACACAUCAUGGAGCUGCAGUCCAAAGCCAGCACCAGUGAUGAAGCCAGGAUCGCUUUGAAGGAGUUUAAGACCUUGUCAGGAAGGGACAUCAGCGAUAGGCUCAUGUCCGACCAGGGUGGUCAGUAUUAUUUAAAGAAGAUUGCUUCGCAAGUUUCGGCCUACCUCAAUUUCGUCAGGAGGCAGCUUCUCAACACCAUCCCCAAGGCUGUGGUGCAUUCGCAGGUUCUAAAGGCGAAGGGCGGAUUGCUGGAGCCCUUUCAGGAGGACGUGGCCGGCAGGGACGAGGCGGAGCUGUCGCGUUUGUUGCAUGAAGACCCGGACGUCACCCGGCGGAGGAACGCCUGCAGAAGACGGCUCGAGCUCUUGACCAAAGCACAGGAGGAGAUUGCUUCAGCAAAGUUCUGGUAA